UUUUGGAAGUACGCCAGAAGUUAUACUAAAGAAUUAUAUAAGGUAGCACAGCGUGUUUUUUCUAUUACGGUUAAUACCGCAUCCAUCGAACGGAUAUUUUCAAUUAUGGGAUGGCUCCAUAGCCCAAGAAGGAAUCGAUUAAAGUAUAAAAAGGUAAUCGCGAUGACAAGUUUACAUUGCGAAAUGACUCAAGCCCGGAGAACCAGAGAAAUCCAAGAUUCGAACACAAAACCUAGUUCUAAGCCGAACAACCUAAAUAAAGAUCAUAGGAUAAGUGAAGAUUGUGAAAGCGGGAGUCAUGAGGGACUUAGAAAUUGGGAACAACCCGAGAAUCGUGAGAUAGAAAGCUUUAGCGAACACGAAACUUACCGUAAUGUUUCAUCCGAUGAAGAUACGGAGACGGACAUCGAAGAUGAUGAAAUGGAUGCUCAG